GUGCCUUGGUUGAUGGUGAGGCGCAAGCCAGCCUAUAGUGUGCUUGAGGGAGAAGUCACUCGAAGGUGAGGGAAUCCAUAUGCUGGUGUCAGGUGUUGAAGAGGGAUUAUUAAUCUGAAGGAGAUCCGGAAAAUGAAAGGUGUUGUCAGUUCCAAGGCUAGAGCUUGGACGUGCAGAGCAGAUGCAGACACUCACUCCUCCGAUAAUUAUAGUUAACGCUGGAAGAGGACAGAAUAUGAACAGACGACAGAGGAGACUGGCACGUAGGCAGCAAGAACGCCUGCGGCAUCGGGAAAUGGGGGAAGAACAGCAAGUGCCUAGGUUUCAGGAGGAAGAUGGUCAGUUGCAGAUAGAGCAUGAGGAAGUUGAGCAUACUCAAGAGUCUCAGCGUCAGGCCUACAAUCAGGGCAGGGAUCCAGAGUAUUCUCCUCAGUUAGUUUACAUCAUUGCUCAGGCUGUAGCUGCAGGCGUAGUAGCAGCACUUCAGAGUCAGGUACAUGUUCAACAAACACUCGAAGCAGUACCAGAGGUGCAGAAUGAGUCUCAUAGUCAUUGUUUUGCCUAUGGAGACUUUGGGCAUACAUCCAACCAAUGUUCUGGGUUAGCUCAAGGACAGCAGAAUGGGGGACCACAGGUCGGGCGUGAUCAGCCACAGUCUAACCAGCAAAGGAGUCCGUUUAGUACUUUUAGGGGUACUUGCUAUACUUGUGGAGGAUACGGUCACACUUCCAGGCAGUGUCCUAUAAGCGGAGAUAUCGGGCCAUCCUAGUGCGCCGGGGGGGGGGGG